AUGGAGAACCAAACUAAGGUGGAACAAUUCAUCCUGCUGGGACUAAAGAGUGAUUUGGAACUUCAGUAUGGAAUUUUUGGAAUUUUUCUUCUGUUGUAUAUGACCACAUUAGUAGGCAAUGGUACUAUUGUGAUUGUAGUUUUAACUGAACCUCGCCUUCACAAACCCAUGUAUUUUUUCCUUGGAAAUCUUUCCUGCCUUGACAUCAUCUAUUCCACAGUAACUGUUCCAAAGAUGCUACAAGGAUUUCUAGUAGAGCUACAAACCAUCUCCUUCAAUGGCUGCAUGAUCCAGCUCUUCUUCUUCUACUUCAUGGGUGGAACUGAAGGCAUACUUCUUGGAAUCAUGGCCUAUGAUCGCUAUGUUGCAAUAUGCAACCCUUUGCGCUAUACUCUCAUCAUGAGAAAAAAUGUCUGUAUCUUAAUGGCAAUAGCUGCCUGGUCUAUGGCCUUUUUCCAUGCCUUGAUGCAUGCAAUCAUGACUGCUCGCCUUCCUUUCUGUGGACCAAAUAUAAUUGAGCACUUUAUCUGUGACAUCAAACCAUUAUUAAAACUGGCCUGUGGAAGCAUACACUUCAAUCUCAUGCUCCUUAGUAUCAUUACCAGCUGUAUUGCCAUAUUACCUUUUAUCUUCAUACUCUUCUCGUACCUUUAUAUUAUUACUUACCUUCUCUUUAAAAUGACAUCUCAGGUUGGCCGGCAAAAAGCCUUCUCUACUUGUGGAUCCCACAUAAUUGUAGUAAUUUUAGUCUAUAUUCCUGUGUUAUUUAACUACAUGCUUCCCAGUGUGGGUACCUCAUCUCAACAAGACAUGAUCAUAACACUCAUUUAUAGUGCAUUUAUCCCAAUUUUAAACCCCUUUAUUUAUACUCUGAGAAACCAGGAAGUUAAAAUGAUGAUGAAAAUGAUUUUUGGCAGAAAGAUAUUCACUUUCUGGUGA